CCUCCUCGCGCUCCACCCAAAACCUUCCAAUUGCGCGUUAAAACUCAUAAACUCAUCAUCUUCAUCGCCACUCCCGCCACCACCUCCAUCUAUGCUCUCAAAGCCCCUAUACUAUCUGCUUUAACUGCAGAAGUCACUCAGGGUGCACAAGUUCCCAUUCCAUCUUCAAUCGAUGACUUCGCGGUGGCCCGCGAGGUGAAAGAGCGCGGACGCCCUGUACAGUACGAAGUACUAGAGGACCAUCAAAUAUUGAAGGAUGUAGUGAUGAAUUGGGACUCCGUCUUCUUACGGUUCAAAGACGCGAAUGGCAAGUCUUUCAUUGGGCUUAGCCCAUGUUCCCACUUUCGAACGCACUGA